AUGGCAGAGGCAGAGGAAGGAGGUCAUGUUAUUACGGAUCCAAGAUUCCCUAGUGUUUCAAAUUGGCUCUUUUUACGCUAUAUGGAUAUGGAACUAGGACUAAGCUUAUGCUAUGAAAGAAUGGACGCGUUUUGUCAGUGGUGGUCUAUCCAUCUAAGUCAGUCUAGAGAGGAGGAAGAUGAUGGCAGCUUUAGUGUUUUGAUAAUGGUUAUGGCGAUUUUCUGUACGGAGGAACCUCUUCUUCCGGAUCCAAGUGCGACACUUAUGCAACAAAAGGCAAUUACCUCAGAAGCAAAAGGAAGAUCCAGAAGAAGAGUUGAGUUCAUAUGGUAA